UGUGCGACAAAGUCCUACCAGAUCCAUGUGAAUUUUGUCAACGGGUUUAUUCUUAAAUACUGCGGUUUUUUUUUUUACUUUUGAAAAUUACAAACAGCUCUAGACUAAUAUAUCAUGUGGUUGCGGCUGGGUUGUCGGUUUGGUGUGGGUUUGUUCAGGGUGAAAGUUGAACCCCGUGUGUUUGGGGUGUAUUUGCGGUCUCCAGGGAGACUCUCACACUCGGGAUGUGGACGGUGGACACUUCCGUCCUCACACACACCGCUGCUUCUACAGAACAACUUCUAUUCGGACAGUCUGGGAUUUCGGCGGGGUUUUAAAACAGCUGCAGCGUCAUGGAGCGACGAAGUUGGCAAAAUUCAGUCAACUCAUUACCAUUUGGUGUUUACCUGCAAGGUCUGUUCAACGCGUUCAAUGAAGAAGAUCUCCAAGAAGGCGUAUCACAAUGGCGUCGUCAUAGUAACAUGUCCAGGCUGCAGGAACCAUCACAUCAUUGCUGACAACCUUGGAUGGUUUUCGGAUCUGGAAGGAAAAAGAAACAUUGAGGAGAUUCUGGCAGCCAAAGGGGAGACAGUGAAACGUAUCGCAGACGACUCCGCCAUAGAGAUUGUCGCAGAGGAGACGAUUAAAGAGGCGAUGCAGAGUACUGAAGACAACAAGAAAGCUGUCAGAGACAACGCAGAUAAAUCAUAAAUCUUCUGAAUAAUCUUUGCUGCAGUAACGGACGAUCCUGAUUUGAAUGUGGAUACAAGGUGUAAAUGUAUGAAGUGUGUAAAUCUGCAAAUGUGUAGAGGUGCUGUUGUAAAUAAUAAUAUACAGGAUGGUAACAAUGAGCAUUUUUUAAAUACCUGGAAAUAAUUUACUACAGUAGAUUGGACUAAAGACUAGAAGAUUAGAUUCAAUUAAAAUUUUGGGCAUUUUCAUAGUAUUAAAAUCUAU